UGAAAUUGAUUUUGAUUCAGAAAGCUUCAUUUGUCGAUUUCUUGAGAUGGGUUCUUCUAAAAAGUAUCAAGUAGAUGGGGAUUUAAUCGAAGGUAAGAUAUGGGUGAUUGCUGGAAUCACGAUUUGUGCUCCUUUGAGGUCUAUUUCGAUGAAGAAAGUGAAUGAUGAAGACGAUGAAAGCUCAAACUCUGGUUCAACGACGCCGACAGCAAAGGAAUCAAGGUUGCCGGAGAAGUUUCCAUGUCCGCCACCACCAAGGAAGCUUCGGCCGGUGUCAAGCUGUCAGAACAAUGGAGAUAUCGUGUAUUUUACUUCACCGGAGUUGGAUUCUUUAUUCGAACAAUUCGCAAAUGCUGAGAGAGCCAAAUCCAGUUCUUAG